CUCUCUCUAGUCUCUCUUCUCUCUUCUCUCUCUGUGCACUCACUCACCCUGUGUGCCCCAGAUCCAUGCUUUCAUCCUCAUUGUUUCAGGAACCCUAGAUCACUUCUUCGCUAGGGUUUCACGGUUCCUAAUACUCCGUGAGUUGCGUUUCUCAGUUACCUGCUCAUGGCAUUAUCAUUUCUCCAGGUACAAAGAACUCAACUCACCUCACUCUAUAACUUCCACAAGAGAUCCAGCUGAUUUCGUGUGUUCCGCUUGCUAUAUUCACUCAAACGUCUCUGGUUUCGAAUACUCGCGCUUCAUUCAUUGAUUUUUUUGUUCAUGUGUUGGUGUUUUGAGCUAAAGCUUAAUGGAAUUAGAGGACGAAGUACCUAUUAAGGCUAUUUUCAUGUUCGUUUUCUUACAUUGAGUAGUAGUGUAUGUUAUAGAAAAGAGAUAGUGUAAGUAGAAUGGGGAGUAUUUGUUGUAAACCUUCCGCUAUUGAAGAUAUAAGAGAGAGUCCAAGGGAGAGAUUAUCUUCCAAGGCAUCCUCCGAGUAUCGAACAUCUAGGGUUCCGAUUUCAAGGAGAGAAGACGAUUAUAAUAGAGUGAAAGACCGAGUGAACAACAGCGGUGGUGGUGGUGGUGACGGGAGGUCGUAUUUGAUUGAUAGACAAGGAACUGAUUUAGCUCGAUUGCAAGGAGAAUAUUCUGGGAGGAAGAAAGAGAAGACGACGGUGGAGUAUAUACCUCAACAUCAUCAUCCUGGAACAGGCAACAUCCAUGGUUCAAUUGAAGGUGAGCAAGUCGCAGCAGGAUGGCCACCAUGGUUAGCGGCAGUUGCCGGAGAAGCUAUCAGAGGAUGGAUUCCACGAAGAGCAGAUUCAUUUGAGAAGUUGGAUAAGAUAGGACAGGGAACAUAUAGUAAUGUAUAUCGUGCCCGUGAUCUUGAGAGAGGGAAGAUUGUUGCAUUGAAGAAAGUAAGAUUUGAUAAUCUCGAACCAGAAAGUGUCCGUUUCAUGGCUAGAGAAAUUCAUAUUCUGCGUAGACUUGAUCAUCCAAAUAUCGUCAAGCUUGAAGGUCUCGUCACUUCUCGAAUGUCUUGCAGCUUAUACCUUGUGUUUGAAUACAUGGAGCAUGAUCUUGCUGGCCUUGCUUCACACCCUGCUCUUAAGUUCACAGAAGCUCAGGUUAAGUGUUACAUGCAACAACUAUUACGGGGGCUUGAUCACUGUCACAGCCAUGGUGUACUGCACCGUGACAUUAAAGGUUCAAACCUCUUAAUCGAUAACAAUGGCAUCCUGAAGAUUGCAGACUUUGGUUUAGCAAGUUUCUAUGAUCCUCAACAUUCUCUGCCAUUGACGAGCCGAGUUGUCACUCUUUGGUAUCGACCGCCGGAGCUUCUACUUGGAGCUGCUUACUAUGGACCUGCCGUGGACUUAUGGAGUACUGGUUGCAUUCUAGCCGAAUUAUAUGCUGGGAAGCCUAUCAUGCCAGGGAGAACCGAGGUUGAACAGUUGCAUAAGAUUUUUAAGCUAUGUGGGUCACCCUCUGAAGAGUAUUGGCGAAAGGCUAAGUUGCCUCAUGCUACCAUUUUCAAGCCCCAGCAACCUUAUAGACGGGUUGUUGGAGAUACAUACAGAGACUUCCCUGCACCUGCCUUGGACCUAAUGGAGACCCUACUCUCAAUUGAUCCAGCUGAUCGCGGCUCUGCAGCUUAUGCACUACAAAGCGAUUUCUUUGUGACAAAACCGCUGCCUUGUGAUCCUUCUAUCUUGCCUAAGUAUCCUCCUAGCAAGGAGUUAGAUGCCAAAGUACGGGAUGAAGAAGCUCGAAGGCAAGCAGCUGCAGCAGGAAACAAGGGUGGAAAUCGACAUGAUGUUGAGAGAAGAUAUAGGGAGUCUAGAGCUGUUCCAGCACCCGAUGCUAAUGCUGAAUUGCCUUCGUCCAUGCAGAAACGACAAGGUUUCUCUACUACCAAGAGCCGAAGUGAGAAGUUCAACUCCCACCAAGAAGUUGCUUCAGGCUUUCCAAUUGACCCACCUAGACCAUCACAGGUUAUUGAAGAAGAAACAACAAAAGAUCACCUUGAGAAUGUUCACAAGAGGGCCUCCCAUUCCGGUCCACUUACUCGUCGGUCUGGCUGGUCAAAGACAGGGAAGAACAUGGACGAAUCUCCCAAAAUUUCUACUGGGGCUGAUUUGGCUAGGAGUCAUCUCUUGUCCGACGAUCACCUAGAAAAACCCGAUUACUCACAACAGAUGGACGUUCCCAAAGUAAUAAUAUCUAGGUACUCGGGAUCUUAUAAAGACUCCUCCGAGUCCACAAUGAAACAUACACCGAGUUUGUCAGGUUCACAUCAGAAUGGAGGGAACAAGGAUCCAAUCCUUCUUGGGUACGGGUCAAAAGGAAACAAAAUACAUUACUCUGGACCUUUGGUAGUUCCUUCAAGCAAAGUAGAUCAGAUGCUGAAAGACCAUGAUCGCCAAAUACAAGAGGCGGCAAGAAGAUCUCGGCUUGACAAGGCAAAACUGAGAAGAGCCCAGCAGCAGGCAGAAGGGAACCAAUUAUCUACAAAUGCAUUAUUUGUCUCGGGUCGUUGAUCUACACUAUUUGUCCUAUCCUCCUGUUGUAAGAUAUAUGUAUAGGAACCAUUCUAUGGAAGUUGGCAGGUGGGUGAUUUUUUUGUUAAUUCGAUGAUAGCUCGGUCGGUCACUAAGGAAUUUUUACCUAUAUUAUCCAUCCACGUAUUCGAUUCCUGUGAGUAGGAUUCAGUCAUGUAGACCUUAUUGUUAGCAACAACUGUACUAUGACAACAUAAAACAUCACUGUUGUAUCAAAACAUGUGUCAAAAGCAGUUGGUUCAUUGUUGUUAUGGAUAUAAUUUAAACCAUCUUUUACUUAAUUAUUGUA